CCGGAGGAGCAGAGCAGAGCAAAGCAGCACUCGGAGCCACCCCAAGGAGGGCUGAGAGGCGGGUCCUAGACCAGGGACACAAGGACAGCACAGCCCCAGCUCAGGGAGCAGCCAGAGCCUGGGACAGUCAUGGGGAAACAAGACCGAGACUGGCUGUAACUGAGAAGCUCCCACGGUGGACACUGAGAAGCAUAAGGCACUUCAGCAGAGUACGCCCGCAACUCCAAGAUGAUGCCGCCACCCAUGGUGAUGAAGGUGCAGAAAGUACUGCAGAGGGAGAUGGUGCGAGAGUUCCUGGCCGAGCUCAUGAGCACGUACGUCAUGAUGGUGUUUGGCCUUGGCUCCGUGGCCCAUAUGGUUCUAGGAGAAAAACUUGGGAGCCACCUCGGUGUCAACUUGGGUUUUGGCUUCGGAGUCACCAUGGGAGUGCACGUGGCAGGGAAAGUCUCUGGGGCCCACAUGAAUGCGGCUGUGACCUUCACCAGCUGUGCACUAGGCCGCAUGGCCUGGAAGAAGUUUCCUGUGUAUGUCCUGGGUCAGUUCAUCGGUUCCUUCCUGGCUGCUGCCACCAUCUACUGCCUCUUCUACAGAGCCAUCAUUGACUACUCAGGUGGACAUCUGACAGUGACCGGCCCGAUUGCCACUGCUAACAUCUUUGCCACGUAUCUUCCUGACUACAUGACCUUAUGGGGUGGCUUCCUGGAUGAGGUGGUAGUUACGGGGAUGCUCCAGCUGUGUCUCUUUGCCAUCACGGACAAUGGGAACAACCCAGCACUGCAAGGGACAGAGGCCCUGGUGAUCGGCAUCCUUGUUGUUGUCAUUGGAGUGUCCCUGGGCAUGAACUCAGGAUACGCCAUCAACCCAUCCCGGGACCUGCCUCCCCGUUUCUUCACCUUUCUUGCCGGCUGGGGCACACAGGUCUUCAGAGCCAGGAACUGGUGGUGGGUGCCACUGGUGGCACCGGUCCUGGGUGCUUACCUAGGUGGCAUCAUCUACUUGGUCUUGAUUGGCUGCAACGUUCCACGGGAGCCCCAGAUAUUGGAGAACCACACAGGGAGUGAAGACCACAGAAUACCUGUGUUGCCCAAGGCCGUGCCUCACCAAACAGAGAUCGCUUCCCACAACUCUGGCUCUGUGUCUCCCCUCACCUCUGUCUCUGUGUCUCCCCCCAGCAGACCUUCAGUCCGGUCCAUCCCACCCUUAAGUGACUCCAUCCGAAUACAACAAUUCUAAGUAAGGUUUUUUUGUGACUCCAUCUCCACCCCAAUAAAAAAAGCCUUCUCCCACAGUGGCACCCUUGCUUCCUGGGUGCCUCCUAUGGGUGGGCUUCCCUCCUGGAUUCUCCCAGGAGUGCUACAGCCCAAAGCUGGAGCAUGAAGCCAAGAGGCCUCCAACUCCCUCCCGUCCUGGGAGCUGGGGUGCCCCCUGGGGGAGCAUGGAGAAGGGCCAACAGGAGGAACAGGAGAUUAAAAAGAUGCCAGGCACAGAACAGUGGACUUCUAGGCACAGGGUAGGAAAGGGAUGGUUUGGGGAAAGGACAACAGCUAGCUGGUGGCGGGUCAGCUCUGGGCAUACCCUGAGCUGCCCUGAGAUAGGACUUGAGACUCUCCUUCAGUUCUGGCCAGUCUUUGCACCAGGCUAGACCAGGUCCCAGGUCCAAGCGUGUAAGUAAGAGUGGUUUUUUUUUCCCCUCCUCAUUAUUGCACCACCUCGGAAGACUUUUACAUGUUUUUUUCUUAAUCACAUAAUAUUUUAAUACCACAGAUAUACUGUAUAUCUGUAUAUGUACUUUAUGUGUAUCUGUGCUUUAUACAAAAAAUAGUAAGAUCUUUUUCAUUUCCCCUUCCAAGAGUCAACUUUGUCUCAUUUGGGAGCAAAAAUCGCCCCCACCCUUGACCACGUCAGAUGUAGACAGACUGAAAGUAUGUAAGGGGUUAGACUCUCCUCCUCCUUCCUGGUGCUGGAGCUCUUCCACACUGAGGAAUUCCAGAGUUAGAAAGGAAGAUGCAGAGGGAAAUCCUUCGCAAAGGCGUAGAGCCAGGAAAUGGCCUCACGGAGCUCAGAGGCCGGGUGGAGGGCGGGCAGCCAGGAUCCCCUGGCUCUGGGGCCAGGCAGGAAUCAUCCUGCUUUCUGGGAUUCAGAAGGCAGCAUCACCUGUGGUAGCUGUCACUGCUUUUCCAUUUAUCCUUUUAGCAAUUAUUGAGCACCUCCUGUGUGCCGGCCUUGUCUGGGCAGAGGAGUUGCUGCAGUGGAUGAGCCUUGGAGGAACGCAGUUUAAAGAGACAGGAGGAGAACCGAAGCGGUGGAGAGGGGCCACAUGGAGGCUGUGGGGCUCACAUCUUGGAGCCAAGGCCAAGAGGAGACAGAGAAGAGUUGGGGCCAGGGGGUAUACUUUCUGGGGCCGGGCGCUGCACUUUACAGUCAGAGCAGUUUGAGGGGACAGGAGGCAGAGGAGGCGGGAGGUCUUCUGGAGGUGGGCUCACGGUGAGAGGAGAUUUAGAGAGCCCGCCUGAGCUGCUGCGUGCAGGCUGGUGGGAGAGGAGGGGACUGGAGCCUGCGAGGCAGUGUGGUGGGAGGCAGUAAUCCUGCAGGAGCAGCAGGGCACCAAAUAGGUCAGUCCUGAAGGGCAAACCCCGCAGGCCCUGGGCGGGAUUGAAUGAAGGAGUGGGUGGUGACGCGGCAGGAGUCAGGCCCGACCUCCAGUUUCUGGCUUGGGGCUGGGACGUUGCAGGUGUCCCCACCCACCGAGAGCAGAGCUUGGGAGAGGAACUGGUUUGGAAAGGGAGAUGAUAAGUCGUGCUGCGGGCAUAUUGAGCUUGACUUGUCUGUCGGAUGUGGAGGGCAAGAGGUGUGUAGUCCUGGGCAAGUUCCUCAACCUCUCUGGGCCUCAUUUUUCUCAUUUGUAAAGUUUCCCGCCAUUUGUGUUGCUGUGACUAUUCAAUGCAAUAAAACACGUAUGUUGCUGA